CGGACUCGUUGCUUCUGCCGUGUGGGCCUAUCGGAGCUUUUUUUAUUCUAUUCUUAAAACAUGUCUCCUAAGACGCUGUGUGUGCCAGGAGAGAGGCUGUGCAGCACAGAGGAGUGUGUCCCGGGGCCUGGAACGUACUUGCGUCAUGGCUACAUCUUUGCCUCCCUCGCUGGUUAUGUGCUGAGGAAGAACGCGGGAGAGGAGGUGGAGAUCUACAAGAGUUUCCGACCAGGAGAUAUCGUUCUAGCCAAAGUUAUCUCCCUAGGUGAUGUCCAGUCCAACUAUCUUCUCACCACAGCGGAGAAUGAGCUGGGAGUGGUGGUAGCACAUAGUGAAGCAGGUGAGCAGAUGGUGCCGAUCAGCUGGUGUGAGAUGCAGUGUCCGCGGACUCAUGCCAAGGAGUUCCGGAAGGUGGCGAGGGUACAGCCGGAGUACCUCCAGGCGUGAGGAGGCCCCCAGCCGUCUGUCCCCCGUGGCCCCGGGCCCCACAGCACCGUGAAGCUGGGCUGAAAGACGUGCUCCCCUGCAGGGUGCAGAGGCCCAGUGUCUGGGAUCUUCCCUGCCUGGGUGAAUUCUGUCAAGUACAACACUUGGACUUUGAUGUGAAUAUUUAAAUUAUACUUGGUAUUUACGGCUCUGUGCUGGUGUCGCCUACACAGAUUUUUUUUUUAUCAAGAACGGUAUUAAAUAUUUUUUUAGCAGA